AUGGUGUCCGGCUGCAGGAUUGGCCCGUCCAUCCUCAACAGCGAACUGGCCAGUUUAGGGGCGGAGUGCCUUCGGAUGCUGGACUCUGGGGCCGAUUAUCUGCACCUGGAUGUAAUGGACGGGCAUUUUGUUCCCAACAUCACCUUUGGUCACCCUGUGGUAGAAAGUCUCCGAAAGCAGCUAGGCCAGGACCCUUUCUUUGACAUGCACAUGAUGGUGUCCAGGCCGGAACAGGGGGUAAAACCAAUGGCUGUAGCAGGAGCCAAUCAAUAUACUUUUCAUCUCGAGGCUACUGAGAAUCCGGGGGCUUUGAUCAAAGACAUUCAGGAGAAUGGAAUGAACGUUGGCCUUGCUAUCAAACCAGGAACUACAGUUGAGUAUUUGGCACCAUGGGCUAAUCAGAUAGAUAUGGCCUUGGUUAUGACAGUGGAACCUGGAUUUGAAGGGCAGAAAUUCAUGGAAGGUAUGAUGCCAAAGGUUCACUGGUUGAGGACCCAGUUCCCGUCUUUGGACAUUGAGGUUGAUGGUGGAGUAGGUCCUGACACCAUCCAUAAAUGCGCAGAGGCAGGAGCGAACAUGACUGUAUCUGGCAGUGCCAUUAUGAGGAGUGAAGACCCCAGGUCUGUGAUCAACCUGUUAAGAAAUGUUUGCUCAGAAGCUGCUCAGAAACAUUCUCUCGAUCGAUGAAACCACAAGGAGUCCAGUGUUUCUGCUUAUGAGAUCUCCUUUUUAUUGGAAAACAAGAAUAUUGACUACCAAAUUGUACCACAGUUGAGGCAGUGCUGCUUUUCCUAGCAAUUAUUCAUUCCAGUGACUAAAAUCCAUUUUGCAGAAUGUUCCAAGAGGUUAGAAAUUGGUAUGUAUUAUGUUUUCAGUGAUGGAAUUUAAAGAUUAGUGUGGUAAAAUACCAUUUUUACUGGGAGACUUGAUUUUUAUAAAGAGUAAAAAUAUGGCUGUAUCAAGGUUAUGAACAGAAAUGUGUCUUAAUGCCUAAGGAAGGCAUAUUAGCUACUAUGAAAAAUUUUUUUUUCUGUAUUUCUAA